AUGGCGCUCAGCUCCCGGGCUCACGCCUUUUCCGUGGAAUCCCUGGUGGGACCCUCGACCAAGAGGAAAGUGCCGGAUGGUCGCGAAGAGGAGCCCGGGGCCGGCUGCAGGCAGAGCCGCAGAGCCCCGGAGGCGGAGAAGCGGCCCAAGGCGGGUGCGGAGAGCCGGGCGGCGGGGGUGCAGGUGGAGCUGCAGGGCUCUGAGCUCUGGAGGAGAUUCCAUGAGAUCGGCACCGAGAUGAUCAUCACCAAGGCCGGCAGGAGGAUGUUCCCCUCGGUAAGGGUGAAGGUGAAGGGGCUGGAGCCUCUCAAGCAAUACUACAUCGCCAUCGACGUUGUGCCGGUAGACUCCAAGAGAUACAGGUACGUCUAUCACAGCUCGCAGUGGAUGGUGGCGGGGAACACGGAUCAUUCCUGCAUCACCCCCCGGCUCUACAUCCACCCCGACUCCCCCUGCUCGGGGGAGACCUGGAUGAGGCAAAUCAUCAGCUUCGACCGGGUGAAGCUCACCAACAACGAGAUGGACGACAAGGGGCACAUCAUCCUGCAAUCCAUGCACAAGUACAAGCCCCGCGUCCACGUUAUCGCCCAGGAUUCUCGCUUCGAUCUAGCGCAGAUCCAGUCGCUCCCGGCCGAGGGGGUGCAGACCUUUUCCUUCCAGGAAACCGAAUUCACCACCGUGACGGCCUACCAGAACCAGCAGAUCACGAAGCUGAAGAUCGACAGGAAUCCCUUCGCCAAAGGUUUUCGGGACCCCGGGAGGAACAGGGGGGUUCUGGAUGGGCUCCUGGAGACCUACCCGUGGCGGCACCCCCUCGCCCUGGAUUUCAAGGCUUUCGGCGCAGAUAGACAGGGUGGAAGCUCCAGCUCUUCUCCAGUGACCUCCAGUGGUGGGACCCCCUCUCCUCUCAACCCCCUGCUCUCUCCAUCCUGCUCACCUCCAACCCUUCACUUGUCAGCCAGCAGCAUCGGCGUGGCGUGCCCCGAGCCCUACCUGCACCCCCUCAACCUGCCCCUCUACUACAAGAUUUGUCCCACCAACUUCUUCAGACAACAAUCCCUCCUCUUCCCCAGCCAGGAGAAGCUGGGAGGCACCAACCCACACCUCCUCCCCCACUUCAUGGUGGACGUGCCAAAACUCUCUUCCCUGGGCAUCACCAACCUGAAGAAUGCCAAAGCUGAAGACCUAACUGGGCAGUGUCUGCAAGUCCCCAGUCCUGCUGCCCCAGUGCUGUAUGGAUUACAUGCAUCUGGAAACAUUUUCCCAUCAAGCCCCGUGGCUCGGGAAGCACUUAAUUGUUCCCUACAUCCCCCCUAUGGCUUGUAUGGCUACAACUUCUCCCUCCCAUCCAGACUGGUGAGUGGGGUGAGCCCCCACUCCAAAGGGGGGGACAGCACCCCAGCUGCUUUGAGGGAGGGCAGAUGUCACCACUCGAACUGGCACCCAACCAUCAACCAUUGCCUGUAG